AUGUUUUUGAUAGGAAGAUCCAACCAGGCAAGUGCAGUUUGUGGGCGAAAUAUCAAUGAUCCUGAUUACGAUCCAAUUGAUUAUGUCACUUCAGAUUCAGAUUCAGAUUCAGACUCUGAAGAAGAAGGAAUGCAAAUUGAAAAUGAAUUUGCUAUUGAUUCACAACACGAGCCAGCACCCAACAACAAUUUGGAACCUGUCGAAGAAAAAGUUACAAUAGAAAACGCAAGAAGAGACCAAUUGAGGAACUUCAGUGGAAAUACUUAA